AUGGCCCAGCAACAGAAGAAACUCAAAAUCGCCGUCAUCCCCGGCGAUGGCAUCGGCACCGAGGUCAUGCCUUACGGCGUGCGCUGCCUGCAAGCCGCGGCCAAGGUGUUCGACAUGCAGCUCGACUUCGAGGAGUUCGACUUUGCAAGCUGCGAAUACUACCGCAAACACGGCGACAUGAUGCCGAAAGACUGGAACGCGACGCUCUCCAAAUUCGACGCCAUCUACUUCGGCGCCGUGGGCAUGCCGGAUCAGGUCCCCGACCACGUCAGCCUGUGGGGCAGCCUGUUGAAGUUCAGACGAGAGUUCGACCAGUACAUCAACCUGAGGCCCGCGCGGUUGAUGCCGGGCGUCAGAUGUCCACUGGCGGGCCGCAAGCCGGGGGACAUCGACUUCUGGAUCGUCCGGGAGAACACCGAGGGCGAGUACAGCAGCAUUGGGGGCAAGAUCUUCGAGGGCACAGAUCGAGAAACGGUCAUCCAAGAGACGGUCAUGACGCGGACGGGCGUCGACAGGGUGCUCAAGUACGCGUUUGAGCUCGCGCAGAGCCGGCCCAAGAGGCACCUGACGAGCGCGACCAAGAGCAACGGCAUCAGCAUCACGAUGCCGUACUGGGACACGCGCGUCGAGAACAUGCAACAGGCGUACCCGGACGUGAAAGUCGACAAGUAUCACAUUGACAUUUUGACGGCGCAUUUCGUCCAGCGGCCGCACGUCUUUGAUGUCAUCGUCGGCAGCAACCUGUUUGGCGAUAUUCUGUCGGACUUGGGUCCCGCGUGCACGGGCACCAUCGGGGUUGCGCCGUCCGGGAAUAUCAAUCCGACGGGCCAGUUUCCGAGUCUAUUCGAGCCUGUCCAUGGUAGCGCGCCGGAUAUCGCGGGGAAGGGGAUAGCGAAUCCCGUGGGAAUGAUCUGGGCGGGCCAGAUGAUGCUGGAACACUUUGGAUUCACGGAUGCGGCCGCAGCGGUACUAAAGGCCGUUGAGAAUGUGCUGGCGAGGUCGGAGGAUCAUGUCAUCACGGCGGACAUGGGAGGCAAAGGAAAUACUAAGAGUUUCGGCGAGGCUAUUGAGCAGGAGAUUCUGGCACUGGGGAAAUAG